CCAGCCUCUUCUUCUCGAUAGAAGCUAGGUCUUCAUUUGAUUUGGGCGAGAAUAACCAGAAAAGAAGAAGAAACAGGAAGAAGGAAGAAGGAAGAAGGAAGAGAAAGAGAACUAAACGCCGUCGAACCCAGCCACUUCUUCCACGAGCCUAGUUUUGUGAUCUAUGUAGUUUUUCUUUAUUGACUGUCAAGCUCAAUUAGUUAAAGGAUAACAUAAAAAUGACGGUUGUUCUUUAUCCUGACUAUGUUGUAUAUCGAGAUAGUUAUUGUACAGAACCCCGGUUAACGUUUUCCGACAGUUGCAUCAAAGUCAGUGGCUCAAAAACAUCUGAACCCUUUGAUUUUGAAUGGGGAGUUAAUGAUCUCAUUACUUUUGAGUGUCAGAGGUUUCCAAAAGCUGAAUUUGUGAUGAUAAAACUCCGUGUGAUAUCAAAGGAUGCCCCUCAAGAGGAUAUUGCGGAUGGUGUUUCUGGCUUUGAGGAGUUGAAGAUUGCAGUUGUUGAACCCUAUUGGUCUGAGAAAGAGGAAAAGAUAGCAUCUUUGAAUGCAAAAUAUUUGAAUGCAUGGGUUCUUCUGCAAGAUAGCAUGGGCGUGGAAACAGAUGAGGAUGAUUCACCUGGGCAGGGGCAUCAUUUUCCAAAUUUUGAUGAGCCAUUUGAAGAUGUUGUAUAUCCGAAAGGGGAGGCAGAUGCUGUUUCCAUCAGCAAGAGAGAUGUUGAUCUCUUACAGCCAGAGACAUUUAUUAACGAUACAAUUAUUGACUUCUACAUCAAGUAUUUGAAGAAUCAGAUUCAAUCUAAGGAAAAGCAUAGGUUCCACUUUUUCAAUAGUUUCUUCUUCCGGAAGCUGGCCGACCUGGACAAAGAUCCAUCCAGUGUUUCUGAUGGCAGAGCUGCUUUCCAACGAGUUCGUAAAUGGACAAGGAAAGUGGAUUUAUUUGAAAAGGAUUACAUCUUCAUUCCUGUAAACUUCAAUCUACACUGGAGUCUAAUAGUCAUAUGUCAUCCCGGUGAAGUGCCUAGACUUAAUGAUGGUGACUCAGGCAAGUCACUUAAAGUACCUUGUAUUUUGCAUAUGGAUUCUAUCAAAGGAAGUCAUACGGGUCUGAAAAAUCUAAUUCAAAGUUACUUGUGGGAAGAGUGGAAAGAAAGGAAAAAGGAGGCAUCUGAAGAAAUGUCAUCAAAGUUCGACAACCUGCGGUUUGUCCCACUUGAGUUACCGCAACAGGAAAACUCAUUCGAUUGUGGCCUGUUUUUGCUCCACUAUCUGGAGCUGUUUCUGGUAGAAGCUCCUGUUUAUUUCAGUCCUUUCAAAAUAACCAAGUUCUCCAACUUCCUUAAUCCAGAUUGGUUUCUUCCUUCUGAGGCUUCUCUCAAGCGUACUCUUAUCCAGAGGUUAAUUUUUGAGCUCCUUGAAAAUCGAUGUCGGGAAGUCUCUUCAGAAGCUUCCAGUGAUGAAGACCAGGUUAAAUUUCCGGAAUGUAACGAGCAUGAAACUGGUGUGCAGUCAUUUUCAGGAAGAUGUGGUCCUGCUAUAGCUUGCCAAGAAAAUAUAUCUAAUUCUCAGGCAGGCCAGGGGAUUGAGAUUACUCUGUUAUCCACAUCUUCUCUUAGGAGCUCUGAGUGUGUUAGUGAUGAAGGCUUGGUUCUCAGGGAAUUUUUUGAGCCAGGAGCCACCCCUGGCUCACUAUUUGGACAAUAUCAAUCAUUUGCCCAAAAGUCAUCUUUUUACCUUCUUAAUGGAGCUAUACCACCAAUAGAGGAAGACACCGAAAAUGGAGAGCAUUUUGCUUUUUCGCCUAUAGGAGACUCUGGUUUUCAGCAAAUAACUGGAAUCACAUCUCAAACUUGUGGCAUUCCAUACACAUCAAGAGCUUAUGGAGCUGAGACUUCCUAUGACUUGGGAAUAUCUGUGCAAGAAGAAAAUGGAAACAUUGAUUCAUCCCCUAAACCAUCAAAUUGUGCCUCUGACCAUUCUGAAGAUUCAGGGGUCAUGGAAAACCAUCCAGUUGGGGAGGAAGAUUUGGGUCUGAGCCAGAAAGAAGAAAUGGAUGUGAACAAUCCAGCUAUGGAAAAUGUCACAUGUUUAACAGAUGGCUUUGUUUCUGCUCCAGGCAAUCCGGAUGCUUCCAUUAUUGAAGGUUAUCAAGACCUUGAUAAGGUGCAUGAUGGCAAUGAAAGUGGUGGUUCUCAAGACCAUGAUAAGGUGCAUUAUAACAAUGGAUAUGGAGGUUCUCAAGACCCUGAUAAGGUGCAUGAGGGCAAUGGAAAGGGAAGUUCUCGAGACCCUGAUAAGGUGCAUGAUGGCAAUGAAAAUGGAGGUUCUCAAGACCAUGAGGUUCAUAAUGGCGCUGAAAAUGAAGGUUCUCGGGAUCGUGUUAAGGUGCAUGAUGGCAAUGAAAAUGGAGCUCCACUUUCUUCCUGCGAAGAAAAUCCUGAUAUACCAGCGUAUGAAGAUUCUAAUAUGGUAGACAACAGGACAGUCUCAUGUGAUGAUGUGCAGAUGUUCGAUGAUGAUCGGAUGCCUGAGCCUCAAGAGCAACCUGCUGCAAAAAGGCUGCGGCUUACAUCACCACUUGAAGGGGAGAAAUGUGUCACAUGAAGCCUGCUUGAAGAUUGAAAUUUGUGAGGCCCUAUAUCCACUGUUUUGCAUUUCACUGGGUGUUUGUGUAUAAGUAUUUUGAUAGGUAUUCUGGGCCCAAAAAAAUGUACUUUGAUAGGUAUUGACCUGAAUUCUGUGCACAGCGUCUGGUCUGUAUAGGCCAUAUGAGGUAUGUGGAUGUAUUGAUAGAAGAAUAGUUUAGAUACUAGGCGCUUAACUUAUAUGUCGGUGAAUUUAUUAGUAAAAAAAGGAGCCUUCCUAAAGCAA